AUGGAGCACCACUCUACAAUCCAAGACGAGGUCAAUGCGCUGCCCGCGGUCCCUGUUAAAAAACGGCGCAUCCAGCGCGCGUGUGACUCAUGCCGCCAGAAACGGCGGGCGUGCGACGGGCUCAGAAGCGCGACGAAACGGUGCUCAUUCUGCGCGGAGGCGGGGGUGGAGUGUGUUUACUCCGGAGCGCAGACCACCACGAAGAAACGAAGCUAUACGGAGGUGUUAGAGGGGCGGCUGGCACAAAUGGAGGAGAAGCUGAAGCAGUUCACGGAAACCUCAAAGCCCGGAUGGUCCGCGGAGUCCAGCGUCACGGCACAUGGUUCGACGACACGAGCAAAAGUGAGGCCUGGCCUUGCAGUAGAGUUUGCGGCGAUGACUAUCCGCGCAGCCAACGCGGCAGAGAACUUGGAGGAUGGGUCGGACGAUGAGGUCACGGAAGAAUUGCGACUAGCAAAAGAGCUCAGCAACAUGAAGAUUAGUAGCCAUCGCGAGCAAUUUAUGGGGAAAUCAAGUGGGGCUAUGCUUGUCAAGACUGCUAUGGACCUCAAGAUGGCAUCGAGGGCUGGGAAGGGGAAGGAUCCGAGUAAUCCGGCGACAUGGCUGGGCGAGGGAUGGACGGAGAGGAGAAUGGAGUACUGGAGCCCCGUACCCUGGACGUUGCGCGGGUUGUCUCGGCCACGCUACGUUUUCCCGCCACCAGAUCUUCUCGCCGACCUCGUCGCCCUCUACUUCGAGCACGCCAACGUGUAUGUCCCGCUCCUGCACCGUCCCACAUUCACCCGCCUGCUUGCUCGCAACGGCCAUUUAGAGGACGAUAAGGUUGGCGCAAUUGUGCUUAUAGUCUGUGCCAUUGGCGCGCGCUUCUCGCCGGACCCGCGGGUACUCGGCAGUAAUGCAGCUGGCGGUGGCACAACUGCACAAUUAGCGUGUGGGUGGCAAUAUUUCUCCCAACUGUCGACGGAACUGGAGUUUAUGUUUGAGACGCCGGGGUUAUACGACUUGCAGCGAUAUUGUCUGGCCAUUCACUUCUUGGAGGGGUGCGCGACGCAGGCCAUGUGGCCGCUCAUCGGUGUCGGGCUGCGCAUUGCGGAGGAGGUCGGCGCGCACCGCAGGCAAAUGCACGGGGCAUACCCAGGCAGUACUAACACAGACGCUACCUCUGACUCUGGCGAUCGACUUGAGCGACAUUCAGUCGAAGCGGAGUUGUGGCGCCGCGCGUUUUGGGCUCUGGUAUACUAUGAUCGGCUUGUGAGCUGUACUUUGGGCCGACCCUGCGGUGUGCAAUGGGACGAUUUCGACCUUCAACUGCCGACACCAGUGGAUGACUCUGCAUGGGCGGGGGAAGUAUCUGAUCCCGCCCAAGCCUGGCGACAGCCCAAGGACGUGCCGAGUUCUGUCGCGUUCUUCAACGCCAUGCUCAAACUGAACAACAUCCUGGGUUUCGUGCUACGCCUUCUGUACUCAAUCGACAAGAAAAGCGGGAUGCUCCGGGCGGACGACGACCGCUGGGAGGAGCACAUAGUCGCUGAGCUUGAUUCGGCUCUGAACAAGUGGGUGGAUGAGAUCCCGGAGCAUUUACGAUGGGACCCUCAACGCCAGGAUCAUCUGUUCUUCAAGCAGAGUGUUGCGUUGUACUGCGCCUAUUACCAUGUGCAGAUGACGAUUCACCGACCGUUCAUUCCGAUGCUACGGCGCGACUCACGUACACCAACCGGCUUACCGAGCCUCGCAAUCUGCACCAAUGCGGCACGAAGCUGCGCGCAUGUUGCGGACGUGUGGACCAAGAGGACAAAUGGGCAGCCGGCGGUUAAUCUGCUGCCAGCUCUCACUAUGGCCGGCGUCGUGCUUCUGCUGAACGUGUGGAGCGUGAAGAGGACGGGACUUCCUCCGCAUAUGAACACUGCGGUCGAUGAGGUCAAGAAGAUCAUGGCGGCCAUCCGGGUUUGUGAAGCACGAUGGCAGAUGGCCGGUCUCUUCUGGGACAUCCUCGCCGAGCUGGCGAAUGUUGGUCAAGUGCCGCUCAACGCCCAGCGGUCAGGCCCGAGCACUGUCGAUAAUCCGAGUGUCAAUUCAACUCCCGGCACCAGCGAGAAGAGUGUAGGCAGGACGAGUCUUACCUCCGGUCAUCACGAGAGCCCGGCGCCAAAUCCAGAACCUCGUGUAGGCGGAAUGAACUUUCCGGCCGAGCUUCCGCCCGACCCGGCCCUCAUCUAUCCAACCGCGCCGCCAGUAAUGGCGAUCGGCAGCCCGUCGCCCUUCACAAGCACACCACCCACCCCGCCCACGUCCCUGUCAGCUUCUGCGUCGACUUCCUCGAUCAAUGUUGGAAGUAAGCGCGCGUAUUCCGCACUGGAGGCCAUGUACGCGCCCGCGCCGGCCGCGGUGCCGUACGAGGCACAUUGGUCUGCGGAAACGACGACGCUCGACAUGGGAAUGGGCGGGCUGCAGGAAUGGGCGGAUCAGGCAUUCGCUUGGGUUGGCGCGCCCGGAGAGUUCAUGGGCACAGGCGGGGAAACGCUGCCCAUGCAUACCGCCGAACUGGGAGGUGGAUACUCGAUGUGGGAGGAUGUCGGCGCCAGUGGGCCUGUCGGACCGGUGGGAGAGGAUUUGGGCUUCGGCGGUGCGAUGAAUGUGUGGGCGAAUGCGCCACCAGGGCUUGCCGCAAAUGAUUGGGGCACGUACUUCAGCAUGGUCAACGCAUUUUCCACCCAUGCCGGCCAGUCUGGUUAG